GGCUAGUGUCAAACUUUGGGAAUGACAGGAGUGCUGCAGGAUACUCAAAGAAGGGGAAGUGUCGCCCUUGUUGGUCCUGUUGGGAUUACUUUGAAUUGUUUUUACACGCAGCCUUUGGAUUCAACAUCGUUUUUACAGAUAGUACGGCGUCAACAAACUCCUCAGCCAUGUCGGAGGACCUGAGCUCCCAACCCUGGUCCAUCAACAAAGAUGACUAUGAGCUACAGGAGGUGAUUGGGAGUGGGGCCACAGCAGUGGUUCAAGCAGCCUACUGUAUACCACGCAAGGAGAAAGUGGCCAUCAAACGCAUCAACCUGGAGAAGUGCCAGACUAGUAUGGACGAGCUCCUGAAAGAGAUCCAGGCGAUGAGCCAGUGCCACCACCCCAAUAUUGUAUCCUACUACACCUCGUUUGUAGUAAAGGAUGAACUAUGGCUGGUCAUGAAGCUGCUCAGCGGUGGCUCAGUGCUGGACGUGAUCAAGCAUAUCAUCUCACGGGGUGAGCACAAGCAGGGGGUCCUGGACGAGGCUAGUAUAGCCACCAUGCUGAAGGAGGUGCUGGAGGGCCUGGAAUACCUUCACAAAAACGGACAGAUACACAGAGAUCUGAAGGCUGGAAACAUUCUCCUCGGGGAAGAUGGUUCAGUGCAAAUUGCAGACUUUGGCGUCAGUGCCUUUCUAGCAACAGGUGGCGACAUCACUCGAAAUAAAGUACGGAAGACGUUUGUGGGAACGCCAUGCUGGAUGGCCCCAGAAGUCAUGGAGCAGGUGAGGGGUUAUGAUUUCAAAGCAGAUAUCUGGAGUUUUGGGAUCACAGCCAUCGAGCUUGCCACAGGGGCCGCGCCAUAUCACAAAUACCCCCCGAUGAAGGUGUUGAUGCUGACCCUGCAGAAUGACCCCCCAGGCCUAGAGACUGGCAUCACAGAUAAGGAGAUGGUGAAGAAAUAUGGCAAAUCCUUUAGGAAGAUGAUCUCCCUUUGUCUACAGAAGGACCCUGAAAAAAGGCCAACAUCUUCAGAGCUGUUGAAGCAUAAAUUCUUUCAGAAAGCAAAAAACAACGAGUAUUUACAAGAGAAGUUACUUCAAAGAGCGCCCACAAUAACAGAGAGGUCGAAAAAGGUACGUCGUGUCCCAGGUUCUAGUGGCCGGCUUCAUAAAACGGAGGAUGGUGAAUGGGAGUGGAGCGAUGAUGAGCUGGAUGAGGAAAGUGAAGAGGGCAAAGCAGCUGUUGCCGCCUUAAGGGAGCAGCAGCUGAAGCCUGUUAGCGCUCCCAGGCGACAAGUGCGCUUCUCCUACCCGCUCGAGCUGCCUGCGUCCAGGUCACCUAGAGUGAAAGAGGGAUCACAGAACUCAGAGGUUUUCCAGACGACAGAGCCUUUAAGUAGUCAACUCCGGGCCAUGGCCACGGGUCAGGCAGAACUACCUCAGGCUGCAGGCCAGGUUCCUGUGCAGCCCGCACCAGUCAACGCUCAAUCUGCUGCCCAGGCUGCAGCUCCCACGCCAGGCUUACCCGCUGCUGCUGCUCCUCCCACACAGGCCCCAGUUGCUGCAAGUGAUGCUGUUAAGGCUCCCAUCAGUUUGGUAUUAAGGUUAAGAAAUUUAAAGAAGGAGCUAAAUGACAUCCGCUUCGAAUUCAUGCCAGGGAGAGACACAGCAGAUGGUGUUUCCCAGGAAUUAGUGUCUGCAGGCCUGGUGGACGGGAGGGACUUAGUUAUAGUUGCUGCUAAUUUGCAGAAAAUAGUUGAUGAGCCUCAAGCCAAUAAAAAUGUCACUUUCAAGCUGGCCUCUGGAGUCGAGGGAUCUGAGAUACCAGAUGACGUCAAACUGAUGGGCUUUGCUCAGCUCAGCAUUAGUUAAACUGUCGUUCUACCUGGGACCGUGACUUGCCUAAAAAAUGUGAAAAAAAAAAACAAAAAAAUAGUUUAAAUGCAUUUUUUUUUCUUUCUAUGGCUGUAAAGAAACCACUACUGCCAAAGAAAACAGUACCGUUUUGUCACCCAUAGGAUUACACAACGCCGCUUCGUUGAAUCAGGUGGUCGGCUGAAAUAUCAGAAAGUACAGUAUAAGAAUCACUCAAAAACGUUUACAGUGUAUAUGUAGAAGGAUGCAAGUAUCUACAAGAAACAGGUUCCUUUACCUUUAUGUUCUCUUUUAUUCUGUUUUUUUUUUUUUUUUUUUUUUCUGUAAUAUGUGAUGCAUUUGCACAAUCUGGACUAACGCCCUUGAAUCCUGAUAAGUGUAACAAUGCCUUAUAUCCAUCAGAACUACUGAAUGCACGUUUUGGGGAGGUCCCCAGUUACUAUACGGAGAAUAUGUUGUCUGAAGUGUACAAAUGUGGUUUCAAUUACUAAUGUUCAACUUUUUAUGUUUUUUUUUUUUUUUUUUUUUAAAUGGGAAGGGGUUAAGGGGCGAAUUCCUAAGUGAACCCGUCAGAAUGUCAGACGCUUCCUUACCCAAUCGAAAACAAACUCACACAGAGGAAUGUUGAUGUCUCAGAUGGCAGAGGAUAAAUUUCACACUCCCAACAAUAAUAAUCCAAAGUUUUAACACUAACAGUAAUAUGAGCUUUGAAUGUCUCCAAGUGACAUUAAGCCUUAGACCACUUCAUAAUAAUAAUAUUAAUAAUAAUGAUAAAUAAUGAAUGUCAAUUUGAUCUUGCUCCAGUGGAUUGGUACUAAGCAGUUAUGAGUUUGAACUGACUGGUCCAGUUCUAAAAGUUACAUGAAUAAGGAAGGUGAGUGCAAGAUGAUAUUGAUAUUUUAUUUUAUUUUACUCAUGUAAUGUGCACUAAUUUGUCAGAUUGGGAUGCCCUGGUAGUCCUGGAAAAGGCUUGAAAUUGAUUGAUUGAAAUUGAGCCUUAGGGUCUUCAUUAAAAAAAAAAAAAAAAUCAUAUUUGCCUUCAUUCACUGUGUUUCUGUUUUUUAGGAAAAGUUCAGAUUUUGAUUUUUAUGCACCACCACACUUCAGACGUUCUCUCAGUACAAUUACACAUUUAAAAGGUUGUAAAUUAAAAAGUUUUACAACAUGUAACUGAAGCCACAGGUGUCAUAUGAGAAAAUGUGUGUCUGUCUGUCUAUAUAUUAGGCCGUAUCUUUGUUUGGAAUCAGUUUUUCAAAUUCUUAAAAGACUUAAGUGCAUAUUUGCUUAUGUGGAUGAAAAAAAAAAAAUAAGUACUUGAUUUAACUUGUAGUAUGUAAAUAGUGACAUUUGGCUUUGAUUUGUUUUUAUACUGGGUGUUUCACUUUUGGCCUUUUUCUGUCCUAUGACACGAUUGUGGAUUGUAGCGCUGUGUGAAGGAAGAGGCUGGCAAAGGACACCGUUGCAAGUCUGGCUUUUGAAUUCCCUUGUUUUGCAGUACAUACUUUUCAUGUAAUGUGGCUUAUUUACACGCCACUCAUACCAUUUUCAGCUUUUUACUUUUUGCCUUCGAAAAGUUUGGGUGUAUUUUGCAAUGGGAGCCACAGCUGUCCAAUGUGCUGCUCGAGGCGUGUCCACCUCAAAAUUUCCUUAAGUUUGAGCAGAGCCAAAAUGAAAGGAAUACAGCCUUUUGUCUCCCACUCUUAAUGAUACAAAAUGGAGGCUACUCAUUAUUUCAACCCAUUUCUCAAGUCAUGCAGCUCCCUCUGUUACUUUAUCCGUUUGUUUCUGCAAGGAAGAUUUUAUGUCCUUAAGUUCCAAAACGUUGAAAAGCUAUGACAUUUGAGUGAUCAGAAAUGUGAUUUUCAUCAGGAUGGUGAAGGCUGUAUCAACACAGAUGUCACAUUCAGUGUGCCAUCCUCUCAAACACACUCUGGAUAUGUGCAUUAAUAACAUGAUUUAAUGAUGAAUGUGCGUCUCCCGGUUGGCACUGACCUCAGUGAGAGGUUGAUUCAAUACUCUGCUAUGAUAUUUAGACCCUAAAAUGCCAGCAGGUUUUACUAUUUAAUUUGGUGUUGUGAAAAUGUCAGACCCUUCCAGAUGCCUACUGGAAGAAAUGCAUUUUGUUACUUGCAGAGGAAAAAAUAUAUAUAAAGGAGGAGGAAAUCUUUGUAUUUUGACAUACUUCAAAUGUUAAAAUUUACACUAGCCUUAAACUGAAAAUGACCGAUUCCUUUUGUGGAGAAAAUUGUUGAGGUUUUGAUUGAGAUCCUCAGUCUUUGAAAUGUAGUUGUGUUGCACAUGAAGAAAUCUGAAAUAAAAACCAACAGGCAUGCUGACCCCGUGUUCUCCUCAAAGGGAAGUGACGAAGUCAUUAACCCAGUGUUACUCCAUGUCUCAAAAUUGCAGUAUUUGGUGCCAUUCUUUUGAUGUAGUCUGCAAUUGACAAGGACAGGAUAGGUGUGUUGUGUAUGAUGAGGUCUGAGAGAAGUGUGUGCGUGCGUGUGUGUGUGUGUGUCUGUGCUGCUUAGAUUGAGCCCUGCUUCCAACAGAGUUGAAGAUCUAAUGGCUGUAUUCUCAUAUCUUCUCCACCAAUCUCUUCUGUCUCGCCUAAGUGUGUCAUAGUUUAACAAUGCUGUAGCAAUGGAACACAUGACCCUCAAAAACAAUUUUGUCUAGGCAAUAACUCAAAGCUGUAAUAUAUUUGAAUUUUCCACUUGUUUUCAGAUUUUCAUUCUCUUUUUUUUUUUUGCUCUAUGUUUGAUGGUUUUGGAGUUCAAAGCAUGUUUCUCUUAAUUAUUUUUAAUCAAUAAAGAAUGAGCAUAUCAGCCUC